AAGUCCAGACCCCGCGGCCGCGGCAUCUGCGCGCCAGGGUGACUUUGCAGUGACCCGCGAGGUCCAGGCUGACAUGGAGCUGGAGGCUUUGAGGAACGGCAGCGCCUGGUGCCCCGGGGAAGCCCAGGGCGACCUCGGACUGGGCGGUAGCAGCAACCAAGACAGGAAAAAAAUGAAGAAAGUAAAUUUGAUUGGACCAUUAACACUGUUUCGGUACUCUGAUUGGCAGGACAGGCUGUUUAUGCUGCUGGGCACCAUCAUGGCUGUAGCUCAUGGGUCAGGUCUCCCUCUCAUGAUGAUUGUCUUUGGAGAAAUGACUGAUAAAUUUGUUAACACUGCAGAAAACUUCUCCUUUCCAGUGAAUUUUUCAUUGACGCUGCUAAAUCCAGGCCGAAUUCUGGAAGAAGAAAUGACUAGGUAUGCGUACUACUACUCAGGAUUAGGUGCUGGAGUUCUCAUAGCUGCCUAUAUACAAGUUUCGUUUUGGACUUUGGCAGCUGGUCGACAGAUUAAGAAAAUUCGGCAGAAAUUUUUUCAUGCUAUUCUAAGGCAGGAAGUAGGCUGGUUUGACAUCAACAACACCGCUGAACUCAAUACACGGCUAACAGAUGACAUCUCCAAAAUCAGUGAAGGAAUUGGUGACAAGGUUGGAAUGUUCUUUCAAGCAGUAGCCACGUUUUUUGCAGGAUUCAUAGUAGGGUUCAUCAGAGGAUGGAAACUUACGCUUGUGAUCAUGGCCAUCAGCCCUGUCCUGGGGCUGUCUGCAGCUGUCUGGGCAAAGAUACUGUCGACCUUCAGUGACAAAGAACUUGCUGCAUAUGCAAAAGCAGGUGCCGUGGCAGAGGAGGCACUGGGGGCCAUCCGGACUGUGAUAGCGUUCGGGGGCCAGAACAAGGAGCUGGAAAGGUAUCAGAAACAUUUAGAAAAUGCCAAAAAGAUUGGAAUUAAGAAAGCCAUUUCAGCAAACAUCUCCAUGGGCAUUGCCUUCCUGUUGAUCUAUGCCUCGUAUGCACUGGCCUUCUGGUAUGGGUCCACUCUGGUUAUAUCCAAAGAAUACACCAUUGGGAAUGCAAUGACGGUCUUUUUUUCAAUCCUCAUUGGGGCUUUUAGUGUCGGUCAGGCUGCCCCGUGUGUGGACGCCUUUGCCAACGCGAGGGGAGCUGCGUAUGUGAUCUUUAAUAUUAUCGACAGCAAUCCUAAAAUUGACAGUUUUUCAGAGAGAGGACACAAGCCUGAGAGCAUCAAAGGGGAUCUGGAGUUCAACGAUGUUCAUUUUUCUUACCCGUCUCGAACAAAUGUGAAGAUCUUGAAGGGCCUCAGCCUGAAGGUGCAGAGCGGGCAGACGGUGGCCCUGGUGGGGAGCAGCGGCUGCGGGAAGAGCACGGCAGUGCAGCUGAUGCAGAGGCUCUAUGACCCCACGGAGGGCGUGAUUAGCAUCGAUGGGCAGGAUAUCCGGACCUUAAACGUGAGGUACCUGAGGGAGAUGAUCGGCGUGGUGAGUCAGGAGCCCGUGCUGUUUUCUACCACGAUCGCAGAGAACAUCCGCUACGGCCGCGGGAAUGUCACCAUGGAGGAGAUCAAGCAAGCCGUGAAAGAAGCCAACGCAUACGAGUUCAUCAUGAAAUUGCCACAGAAAUUUGACACGCUGGUUGGAGAGAGAGGGGCCCAGCUGAGCGGUGGCCAGAAACAGAGAAUUGCCAUUGCCCGUGCCCUGGUCCGCAACCCAAAGAUCCUCCUGCUGGAUGAGGCCACGUCAGCCUUGGAUUCGGAAAGUGAAGCGGAAGUACAGGCUGCUCUGGAUAAGGCCAGAGAAGGCCGGACCACCAUUGUGAUAGCACACCGGCUGUCCACAAUCCGAAAUGCGGACGUCAUCGCUGGGCUUGAGGACGGAGUCGUCGUGGAGCAAGGAAGCCACCGUGAACUGAUGGAGAAGGGAGGAGUGUACUGCAAGCUGGUGACCACGCAGACAUCUAGAAAGCAGAAUCAGCCAGAAGAGCUUGAACUAAGUGGUGAAGAGGCUGUUACUCGUAUGGCCCCAAAUGGCUGGAAAUCCAGCAUCUUUAGGAAUUCCACCCAUAAAAGCAUCAGAAAUGCACAAAUGCAACAGAAUGGCCUUGAUACAGAAACCGAUGAAAGUGAUGCUGGUGUACCACCCGUGUCUUUUCUGAAGAUCUUAAAGCUGAACAAGACCGAGUGGCCCUACUUUGUGGUAGGAACCGUGUGUGCCGUCACCAACGGGGCACUCCAGCCGGCCUUCUCCGUCAUAUUCUCUGAGAUGAUCGCGAUUUUCGGCCCAGGAGAUGAUGCUGUGAAGCAGCAGAAGUGCAACAUGUUCUCGUUGCUGUUCUUAGGGCUGGGGAUUCUCUCCUUUUUCACGUUCUUCCUUCAGGGCUUCAUGUUUGGGAAAGCUGGCGAGAUCCUCACCACCAGGCUGCGGUCGAUGGCUUUCCGAGCAAUGCUGAGGCAGGACAUGAGCUGGUUUGAUGAUCCUAAAAACAGUACUGGUGCACUUUCCACAAGACUUGCCACGGAUGCUGCCCAAGUGCAAGGAGCCACCGGCACCAGGUUGGCACUUAUCGCUCAGAACACGGCCAACCUCGGCACGGGCAUCAUCAUCUCCUUCCUGUAUGGCUGGCAGCUGACCCUUUUGCUGCUGUCGGUGGUUCCGAUCAUUGCCGUGUCAGGAAUUGUAGAGAUGAAGAUGCUGGCUGGCAAUGCCAGGAGAGAUAAGAAGGAGCUAGAAGCCGCGGGAAAGAUUGCAACGGAGGUGAUAGAAAAUAUUAGGACAGUUGUGUCCUUGACCCAGGAAAGAAAAUUUGAAUCCAUGUAUGUUGAAAAAUUACGUGGGCCUUACAGGAACUCGGUGCGGAAGGCACACAUCUACGGGAUUACCUUCAGUAUCUCCCAAGCAUUCAUGUAUUUUUCCUAUGCUGGUUGUUUCCGAUUUGGUGCCUACCUCAUCGUGAAUGGACACAUGCGCUUCCGAGAUGUCAUUCUAGUGUUCUCGGCCAUUGUGUUCGGCGCGGUGGCUCUUGGACAUGCAAGUUCGUUCGCUCCGGACUAUGCCAAGGCCAAGCUGUCUGCAGCCCACCUGUUCAUGCUGUUUGAAAGGCAGCCUCUGAUCGACAGCUACAGCGAGGAGGGGCUGAGGCCGGGUGCAUUUGAAGGAAACGUGACAUUCAAUGAAGUUGUGUUCAACUACCCCAUGCGGCCCAACGUGCCAGUGCUACAGGGGCUGAGCCUGGAGGUGAAGAAGGGCCAGACGCUGGCCCUGGUGGGCCCCAGUGGCUGUGGGAAGAGCACUGUGGUGCAGCUGCUUGAGCGCUUCUACGACCCCAUGGCCGGGACAGUGCCUUCUUAUAGUCAGUCUGUGGACUUGGGUUUUCAGCUCCUGGAUGGUCAAGAAGCAAAGAAACUCAAUGUCCAGUGGCUGCGAGCCCAACUUGGCAUCGUGUCCCAGGAGCCCAUCCUGUUUGACUGCAGCAUCGGUGAGAACAUUGCCUACGGGGACAACAGCCGGGCGGUGUCCCAGGAGGAGAUUGUGAGUGCGGCCAAGGCUGCCAACAUCCACCCUUUCAUAGAGAUGCUCCCCCAGAAAUACGAAACCCGAGUCGGAGACAAGGGGACCCAGCUUUCAGGAGGGCAGAAGCAGAGGAUCGCCAUCGCCCGGGCGCUGCUCAGACAGCCGCCCAUCCUGCUGCUGGAUGAAGCCACUUCAGCUCUGGACACUCAAAGUGAGAAGGUGGUCCAAGAGGCCCUGGACAAGGCGCGGGAAGGCCGCACCUGCAUCGUGAUUGCUCACCGCCUGUCCACCAUCCAGAGUGCCGACAUGAUCGUGGUCUUCCAGAAUGGCCGAGUCAAGGAGUGCGGCACGCACCACCAGCUGCUGGCGCAGAGGGGCAUCUAUUACACCAUGGUCAGCGUCCAGGCUGGAGCACAGAUCUGAUGAACUCUUUUUACAGUGUCCCUUUGUGAAUAAAUGAUUCCACAACUUA